GCCGUAAAUAUUCGUCCAGUGAGUCGUGGUUGAGUAACUUACACGGAUAAAAGCGUCCGAAUUGAAAGAGGAAAACCUGGCCAAACAUGGUCGGAGGAGUGACAGAAGACGGACCUGUGAUUCGACCAGUCAAUCUUGUGUCGACGACAACGGUAAUCGCACUAUGUAUGGGCUCCGUUUUCCUACUUGGCGCCGUCGUAAUGACCUGGUGGCUCUGCCGACGACGUCGUGAACACACCAAGCUGAACUCCGACAAGUCCCUGGCGUUCAGGCCGCCUCACAGGAAACCAACAGCAGUUAAAAGUCCAGGAAGUACCAGCCACUACCUGAAGAAGAGCCCAAGCCCAACGGGACUAGCCAAGAGCCCUCCUGGUUCUGGUGGACAGACGCCCAGUCCGACUGGAUCUCAAUCGUCGAAUCCUGGUUCACAGCCCAGAACACCUCAGGGUACAGGCACCCCUGCCCAGACACCUUCUAGCGAAGUUACUCUAAGCAUCGAAAAUGAGCGAGACAAGGCGGAAAUUGAGAACAAUGAGAAAAUGGAACGUGAAAAGAACCACGCGACAGAGAAUAACAAAAGCGAUAUGGGUCAAUUGGUAUUUAAAUUGCGGUACGUAAGCGAGCAAAAUGCACUCGGAGUGACAGUAGUGAACUGCAAGGGUCUACCUGCGAGGGCUACCAGUGACCCUUACGUGAAAUUAAAGUUGCUGCCCGAUAAACAGCAUCAAGCGAAAACCAGGGUACUCAGAAAUACCAGAGAUCCUGUCUAUGACGAGGAUUUCACUUUCUUUGGAAUAUCCAAGGAUCAGCUUCAGAAAAUUAGCCUGCACUUUAUAGUACUCAGCUUCGAUAGAUACUCUCGAGACGAUAUUAUCGGUGAAUUGACAUAUGCACUUUCGUCGAUACCUGAUUUGGAGAAUUCUGAUAACCAAGAGAUAUCAUUAUGUCGGAAAAUAUGCCCUAGAAGUCUCAAGAUCCAAUCACAAGGCAGAGGUGAGCUGUUAGUCUCUCUUUGUUGGCAACCAAUGAACAGCCGAUUGACAGUGGUUGUGCUGAAGGCGCAGAAUUUGCCGAAAAUGGACGUCACUGGACUUGCAGAUCCAUACGUGAAGAUCUAUCUUCUAUAUAAUUCUCAGCGCAUAGCGAAGAGGAAGACGCGCGUCAAGAAACGCACCCUUAGCCCAGUCUUUAACGAAUCUUUUGGUUUCGACAUUCCAAAUGGUGCUGACGGUCUCAAUAACGUCAGCCUCGAGUUCAUGCUAAUCGAUUGGGAUCGCGUUACAAGAAACGAGGUGAUUGGACGACUGGAAUUUGGUGGGCCAGAUUGUCAAGGAUCUGCUUUAAAUCAUUGGAGAGAAGUUUGUAGCUCACCGCAGAGACAGAUUGCCGAUUGGCACAAAUUAAGGGAGUAACUAGUCCCUUCCAAUCCUGUCAACUUUCCUGGAAUCCCGUCUCCAACUAUUCAAAAGAACCCCACAUCCUACUCCAUUGCAAAAUCACUGAUUCACCCCCUUGAAACCCUACGAUGAAGUAGGGUAUCUGUUUUAUAAACCUAAUACUCGAUGUAUAUUAGACUUGAAACGAAUGGCAGCACGUCCACCCGCGAUCGAUGCAACUGCAAAUACGUCAUAUGCCAAUGUACUAUUAGAAUGAUCUUUGAUCACCCGAAAUUAUUGACUUCCUUUGUUCUCGUAUCUCUUCAAUUUUCGUCAAUUCGAGUUCAUUUCAAGCUUUCAGCUUCUUCAGUUGAUUUACACGCAAUAAAGAUGCAUAAAGUAAACAUGUAAAGAGGAAACAAAAAUCUUUCGAUUAUUUCAGAAUUUUGUCCCGCGAAGAUGAAUUUUAAAUCGAGAUUAUUAUUAACGAUGACGUUAAUAAAACUAUGAAUUUAACAUGAUGGGACAUUGUGUACAACUUCAGUUAAUUAAAACUAACUGCUCGUCUUGCAAAUUCAGAUAAUUGAUUUCGUUCUUAUAAAUCGAACGAAAUUAGAUUGUUUAUCGACUUUACCGACUAUACCGUCGAUCACGUUUUCAUUGAAUAUGUAGUAGUGAACGAUCGCGGGAGAAACGCAUACCAAAUGCUUUACAAUAUAAAUAUAGUUGUUUAAGAUUUCCAAUCAGAUGGCAAAAGGAAGAGGAAAAUAAAAUACAAAACAAUCGAAUGUUUACGGAUUGUUGAACACCGCUACCAGGAUCGUGCUCUUAACACUAAACGUACCAAGCG